AUGAAACAUAGUCGGAAACCGAAACAUUUAUUUUUAAUGGACCAAACAGAAUUAGACAUUCUCAAUGAAUAUACUCAUAAGCGAUUAGCCGAAUUGCAGAAGAGCUGCACCCUUAAAGAGAUCACAGAUGAAAGAUUACUUCUUAAGAAGUCAAAAACAGAUACUCUUUUAGUCCAUUUUUAUGAUAAACGGUUUCCCAGAUGCAAAGAAAUGACCGAAGCAUUAGAAAUUCUAGCCCCCAAGUAUCCCAGUAUUGAGUUUAUCAUCGCCGAAGCCACUAAGUUUCCAUUUAUAACUGAAAAACUAGAAGUUCAAGAGCUUCCCUAUCUAGCAUCUUUUACCAAAGGCUUCUUCAUUGGUGGAAUCGUUGGGUUUCAAGACAUUGGUGAAGAAAGACUAGACCUCAAACUCCUGGAUCAGUACAUUCAGCAGUCAGAUCUGCUUGAAAAGGAACCAACCCAAAAGACCAAUAGUUUCACCAAUUCUAGAUAA